GUGGCAGUCAGGAAGGGAGGGGUCUUAAUGGGGAGGCGGAGGGUGGAACAGAGUUUCUCCUCCCCUGGAGCCCAGAUCAGAUUUCCUCUAGAGGCAGAAGAAAAAGCAAAGAUCCCACCUUCACUUCCCUCUGCCUGGCCCGAGUGGGCUUGUCCCCUGCCUCUCUGCUCUGCGCCGUCCGCCCGUGACCCAAGGAGACCCAGGAUGAUCUGGAAAAGCCUGCCCGUGCUCGCCCUGGUGGCCAUCGCCUGGGUCCACGCUGAGGAAGAAUCAAAAAGCAAAUCCAAAGUCUGUGCCAAUGUGUUUUGUGGGGCAGGCCGGGAGUGUGCAGUCACUGAAAAGGGAGAGCCAACCUGUCUUUGUAUUGAGCAAUGCAAAUCUCAUAAGAGGCCUGUGUGUGGCAGUAACGGAAAGACAUACCUCAACCACUGUGAGCUGCACCGUGAUGCCUGCCUCACUGGAUCCAAAAUCCAGGUGGACCAUGAUGGACACUGCAAAGAGAAGAAACCAACAAGUCCGUCUGCAAGCCCAGUGGUCUGCUAUCAGUCUGACCGUGAUGAGCUCCGAAGGCGCAUCAUCCAGUGGCUAGAGGCUGAGAUCAUACCUGAUGGCUGGUUCUCUAAGGGGAGCAACUACAGCGAAGUCUUAGACAAAUAUUUUAAGAGCUAUGAUGAUGGAGAUUCCCGACUGGACUCCAAUGAGUUCUUGAAAUUUGUGGAACAGAAUGAAACUGCUAUCAACAUCACCACUUACGUCAACCAAGAGACCAACAAGCUGCUCAGGGGACUCUGCAUUGAUGCUCUCAUUGAGCUCUCUGAUGAGAAUGCUGACUGGAAACUCAGUUUUCAUGAAUUCCUCAAGUGCCUCAACCCUUCCUUCCACCCUCCUGAGAAGAAAUGCGCCCUGGAAGAUGAAAACUAUGAGGAUGGAGCCGAGACCCAGGUGGAAUGUAACCGCUGUGUCUGUGCCUGUGGGAACUGGGUCUGCACCGCCAUGACCUGUGAGGGAAAGAAUCAGAAAGGGCAACAGCCUAAUGAAGAUCUGACUGAAGAGGAGUUGGCCAGAUAUGUCCAAGAACUACAGAAGCAUCAGGAGACAGCAGAAAAGAACAAGAAGCCAAGCACCAAAGAGAUCUAACAAGCUUCCAGCCCUUGAAGAAGGAACCCAGAGCUUCUGCCUCCCGGCAGGCUCAGCCCAUGCCCGUUUACUUCAGCGCUGAAUUCCAUAUACACAAGUGUCUGCUACAGUUUCCAAAUCGCCAAUAUUUGCAUUGUAUAAUGAAUUUUUUUCACUUAUUUGUUUUUAUAAUAAAGGAAGAUGUGGGACUAGAGAGGGGGUGGGGCCAUAACCUUCAUUUCUAAGAAAGCUUUAAGGGAAACUGGAACUGGUGUUUGGGGGGCUCACCAAGGAGGCUACUUCCCAGUUAUAGGAGGAGCCCACUUGGAUCAGAACCACGUCCCAGUCCUGUGCUCAGAUGAGCUAGGGGAAAUGCAAUGAUAGAAUGCCAGGGAAAUCUGUUCAUAGGAGGGAGGGUAGCUGGUGGCCAUUCUGGAUUGGGGGGAAAGGAGAUUGUAGAAGAGGGAGUACACCCCUGCUUUAGAGAAGGGGCAGGGGACCCAUGCUGUAGCUUGGCUACUGAGAACCCAAAACCUCUCAGCUUGUCCCUCUCCCACUCUGUCCAGGAGUACACUCUCAAAAGAUAAAUGGAAAGGCUAACUCAUGGCAGCUUUCCAUUGGCCAGUUGUCUGUCAGCAUGACCUGAACUUAUACCUCUACUGGUGACUCCGGCAACCUGUUAGUGACCAUACAUCCUCCAAACCACCUACUCCUCAUGAGGCUUGGGCAGAGAGCUCUGGGAAUCCCAGAUCUCUGUGAUCCAGCUCUUGUCUGCCACUCCCUACCCCCAUUGGGCACACUCUUUCAUUUGUUUUAUUUUGUUUUGUUUUGUUUUGUUUUUUACUUUUCACAAAGGUGCUAUCUUCUCUUGAAACACUUUUGACAAGUUGACUUUUUUUUUCAUUUAUUGUUAUUACCAUUGCCUGUUGUUCAUGAAUAUUUUAUUUUCUGGAUUAGGAAUUGAGUUUUUAUAUUUUUCAGUACUUUCUAGACUUUAGAGGGGAGGGAGGAAUUUAUUAUUAUUUAAUGUCUCAUUCUAUGCAUGGCCUCACUAUGCCUGCAGCCCAGACCGCAUGCUACAUUGCACACUGGAUGGUCAGGGUUUUCUUCCAUCACUUCCAAGGACAUCAGUGUCUGUGAGUGGGAACAGAGGUUGCCUCAAAGAGAAGCCAAUGGAAGAAGAAACAUUGUCAUAGGAAACUGUCUGUGUUUGGAAGACCAGGUUUUGACUGAUUCUAUGGAGAUGAUUUUGAGGGCUCCAAAUAAAGAUAUUUGUAUGAGAAUUCAGAUAUUCCAAAUGGUUGGAGGUUAAAAAAAAAAGUAAACAGUACAGCUCCUCUUUAGAUAUCUGGGGGCUGGUAGGUUAUAGCAAUAAGAAUGGCUAGCAAGUGAUAUAAAUGGAUGGGGUAAACCUUCAAGAAGGACAGGUUGCUCAAUGAAGCAAAGGAAGGGUCUGGACAUAGUGUUGAGGGUCAUAGAGGGUUUCUACACCUUUGUCUGCCUCAGAGUGUCAGGACUGGGGAAUGCAAGAAGGAGCACCUUUUACCAGAGAGACAGUGGCCAGGAAUGCAAUGGCUUACAGAGGGAGCCAGGUUUCCAUGAGUGCAAGAAGGCUUGUUGUCUACCCUUGACCCUUGCAGGUUUCUUCAAGCUCUGAGAUUCUGUGAGUCAAUGACUCAAGUUCAUGUGAUUUUAAUCUUCCAUGAGAUGAAGCUCUGUCGUGAUCCACCAAGAUUGGCAGCAAAGGAAUAAAUUUAAUGCUGAUGGUAGAUUAUGCCAAAAAGCAACGGAGGCAGCAGGCAAUAGAGGGGGGAGUUAUAUCUGAUUUGUUUUGAGGGUGAUUUUUUUUCCAUUUCAUGUUAGACUUGUUAUUCUUCAAAAUAGAAAUAAAAUAUGUUCAAUAACAAUUUA